UAAAAUGCAAAAGCUAAAGGUUCAUCUUAGUGAAACUCAUAGAUUGGCGAUCCUACAUCAACCCAGCUUGCGUCCCAAUACUCUCGUGCAAAAAUUAGAUGCGUUUGGCAAAAUCAGCCUCUCCUCAGCCUACAUCCUCACGGAUGAUAACAUUAUAACUCUUAUUUCCUUUUCAGAAUCGCAAAGCAGCGAUAGAUGCUAUGAUAUGCUCAAGGGCAAUGUGGUAAAUAAACAUCAUAGCGAUAUUAUGCCAUAUAUCCUUAACGUUGGGUGGGCCCAUGAGGAAAGUGAAAGGGAUUUUUUGAAAAAAAGUUACAUUAGGGAAAAAUUCACGGAAUCUGACGAACAUGCCAAAAAGGAGCCCGAAAGUGGAUACUUAGUGAUUUUCCUAGAGCAUUUAGCGGCGCAUGAGCGAGAAGGGGUUGCGCAAAUCGUCAAAAAGUUCGCAGUCGAAGAUUUUUCUGAUAUGCGGGAGGGUGGCAGGCUCUUUGCGAAGCUUCUUAAUGAGCAGCUCACGGAAGAUUGCCGAUGUGCGGUUCUUGAACGAUUUCGAAACUUAGGCAACGCGGUAUCCUAUGCCGAUGCAUUAGAAUUCAAUCUUGCGAAAAAGAGUAAUAAGAUGAUUUAAAUUUAUCACCAUACCUUUGACAGGUAUACUCGAAAGGAACCAGCCAAUGAUUGAAUAAAAUACCCGUAAAA